AUGGAACCACGCCGCAAGCACCAAGUUUCAAAGGCCUGCGACCCCUGUCGCCGCCGCAAAGUGCGCUGCAACGGCCAGCAGCGUUGUCAGCAGUGCGAACAUCUCGGGCUGCGAUGCACUUACACAGACAACCAGAGUGCGCGAUCUCGCAAGAAUGCGCUGCGACGGGGCACGCUCAUCUCGGCGUACAAGAUUCCCUCCAGCUCCACGACCCUCGCACAGGUUGUUGGACCCGCCUCCCCCCCAGAUUUGUCUGUCCCACUGUCGACUGCGUAUCUUCACAGUCUCAUUCCCAAAUACAUGGCGUAUGUGUACCCCUUUAACCCGAUCAUGACCGACGAGGAGAUCCGGGAUUCGAUACGGAAGAUGGACUCGGAUAGGGAUCAUGCGGCCUUUAUCCACGCCUUCACAGGAGUCACCGUCGACCUUACGCAGUCAAAUCUGGCGGCGUCACAAGUGUCAGAGCAAAUCCACGAACUCACGCGUCGAGCGAUUGAGCUCCGCACACCUUUCGUCCCAGGAGUCCGCCCGUCCAUUCUUCGGGCCAUCACGAGUAUAUAUAUCCAAAUGUGCUACAUGAGCCUGGGCCAGCACGACCUGGGCUUCUUCUACCUCCGAGAAGCACUGAGCAUGAUCCAUCUCCUCCGAAUCGAAGACAAAACUCUCAUGGCGUCGCUUGAUCUCGCCGAGCGCUCCCGGCGCCAGCGCCUCUACUGGCUCUGCUUCAUCCACGAGCGAUUCAUUUCUAUAUCCCACUACUCUCCCGCCACCCUCUCCUCGUUCACCCAGUUCCCCGAAGAAGACCCAGGUCUGGAUCCGCACAUUUCGCAGGGCUGGACGCAGGUGAUCAAGACCUUCCUCCUCCUGGAACCUACUUUUAUCAGCCUUUGGAUUGGCGACCGAACACAAGUUACCGCCGCGUGGGUCGAGCAGAAACACCGCGAGCUCGCCGACGACCUGUGGGAACUCGAAGUCUCCAUGCUAUCUGACCUUCAACAAGCAGACCUAGUCAUAACACGACAGUGGAUGCGCACAUUGCUUUGGCAGAUGGCCAUGUCGAACUGCCUCCUCUCAUCGCACGCGUCCUGCCCGUCACUGUCGCUCGAAAUGCCGCUCGGACUCUCGACCCAACUGCGCCAGUUCCUGACUCGGAUAUCGCAAAACACACUCCAGGUCCACGGCUCAUCCAUUCUGAGCAAAUUACUCGAGAUUCUCAAUACGAUCGCGGAUGUCGUCCUUCAUGGGCCUACGGUGACGGUGGAAGAGACGACGAGCCGGAUCGACGACAUUCUCUUCAUGAAGGAGGUCAUAUUUUCGUUUCGCAAUUUGCAGCAGGUGUCCAGGGAUAUCCUCACGGAGAAGUUGGCACUGAUUUCGGAGCGCUUCUUACAUAUUGACGGCGUGUGGCAGCUGGUCUAG